UUGACUAGUGAAAAGAAGAAGAACAGAUGCGGCGCCUGGUGCGAAAUUGGAAUUGCCGAUUGUUAUUCAACGCAAAAUCCGGCCAAGGAGUUGUAAGACAUGCCAGUGUCAAUCAGCAGAAGGCAAACUCUAAUGCCAAAGAGGAUGGGGUGGGCGAGACGGAUAAGAAUGGAUACAGUGCCAAACACUGCAUGAGUUUGGUGGAAAAAUAUGACUACGAGAACUACCUGUGCACUCUGCUACUGCCCCGGGAAUUGCGACGAGCUGCCUUCGCACUGCGUGCUUUCAACGUGGAGGUCUCCAGAUCUGUCAGCGGUCAUCAAAUUGAGCCACAAAUAGCAAAGAUGCGCCUGAAGUUCUGGCAUGAUUCCAUCGACAAAUGCUUCGAGGCGGAAUCGCAGCGAUCCUACGUGGAGGACCAGCCCGUUCUUCGCGAGCUGAAGCACACGGUGGGCACUCGGAAGCUUAACAAGAUCUAUCUGCGUCGCCUGGUCACUGCACGCGAGCGACCGCCGAAUCAGGGAUUCGAAUCCAUCCGCGAAUUGGAAGAGUACGCGGAGCAAACCUUCUCCUCGUUGCUUCUCCUACUGCUUGAGGUGGGCGGAGUACGGGAUUUGCAGGUAGACCACGCUGCCUCCCAUUUGGGCAAGGCCCAAGGGAUCGCCACUCUGCUGCGUGCAAUUCCGCUGACCGGCCGACAGCAAGCGGUCGCUAUUCCCCUCGAGGUGCUCAUAAGACACGGCGUAAGUCAGGAGCGCAUCAUUCGCGGACGUAGCGAUGACAAGGGCGUCGAGGAGUGCAUCUUCGAGGUGGCCAGCGCCGCCAACAAUCACCUUAACCUCGCCAGACAGCUAAAAGACCAAGUGUUGCCGCAUGUGAGAAAGAUCUUCCUCACCGCCGUUGCCACGGAUGGCUAUUUAGAGCGUCUGCGUCGCGCCAACUUCCUGCUUACCCACAAAAGCUGCGUUGGACGCGACACAAUGCUUCCAGCACGUUUAUUCUGGAAUUCGCUGUUAAAUCGGUACUGAUAGCAGUUAUUUUUAGAGUUAUGCCUAAUUGUUGACUACUUUGAUUAAAACUGUUUUAAAAUUA